AUGUAUCACAUAGAACUCCUCCCAAACUCAACAAGCCACAUCACACCAGGAUGGACCUACGUCCCGGAUCGAGGCUUUGACCCAGCGAAAGCAGCCAUCACACCGGCGAUCGGCAGAAAGCGCGGGAUUCGGGAUCCAGGUGGUCGUGGUGAUCUCUCGUCGAGGGAGAAUAAUGCGAUUAUAAGACAUUUGGCGGAGUUGGAUCGUGAGAAUCAUAGGGAUGUGCAAAUUCCUAUUCCGGUGAAGCAGAAGGAGCCGGCGGGGAGAGGCACGAGAGGGAAAACGACGACGAAUACGAGGCGGAUUUUACAAUCUCAGAAGACGUUUCGGAAUCACCUUGAUGAUGAAGAGGCGCAUUUGUCGCAGACCGCGCAGACUACGGCCAGCAGCGCGCCUCCGCGUCUUAGUGUCAGCAGCAAAAUGACGAAACCAUCUGCGCGAAGAAGUUCAACGCCUAUGACGACGCCAAAGGCAGAGUCUACAGCAAAACAACGAAAACAAUCCUCCGCCACCGAGCAGCAGCAGCAGCAGCAACAACAACCUCAGCAGUCAGAAACACCAGCAGAGACACCGAAACCAGACACACCCGCCGAACCUAUCGCAGACACAGAAACAGAACCUCCCGCGAAAAAGCAACGGCUUAUCCCCUCCGAGUACGACAACGACCCCCUCCUCCGCUCACGUAUCCCAUCCGCACCCUCAGAGCGUAUAAUGCAGGCACUUUUGUCCGAACCACCGCUAAGCUACAACGCCGCACGCGCUGGGCCGCCGGUGACGAAGAAGGCGCCACGGUUUUUCUGUUGUAUAUGUGGGUAUUGGGGGAAGAUACGGUGUCGGAAUUGUCAUGUGCGAAUGUGUGGGUUGGGGUGUUAUAAGGUGCAUGAGGAUUCAAGGUGUGGCGCUUUUCUUUAA